GUCUUCCCUCUACCCAGUGAGACUGCAUCAAGAUGUCUCUCUAUCCUUCCUUGGAAGAUCUGAAGGUGGACAAAGUUAUUCAGGCUCAGACUGCCUUUUCUUCAAACCCAGCUAAUCCAGCAAUCUUGUCUGAAGCUUCUGCUCCUAUACCUCUUGAUGGAGGCUUAUACCCCAGACUGUAUCCAGAACUUUCUCAGUAUAUGGGCCUGAGCCUCAGUGAGGAAGAGGUGCAGAGAACCCUGCCAGUGGCAGUGGCUGCUCAGCCGCAGGGUCAACUGGUAACACGGCCCUCUACUAAUUACAUGGUAGCUCCAGUGACUGGAAAUGAUAUUGGAAUUCGCAGAGCAGAAAUUAAGCAAGGCAUCCGCGAGGCAAUUUUAUGUAAAGAUCAGGAUGGCAAAAUUGGGCUUCGCCUGAAGUCUGUUGACAAUGGUAUAUUUGUCCAGUUAGUUCAGGCAAACUCUCCGGCAUCCCUCGCUGGUCUGCGGUUUGGGGACCAAGUGCUGCAGAUCAACGGUGAAAACUGUGCAGGAUGGAGUUCGGAUAAAGCACAUAAAGUUCUGAAACAGGCUUCUGGAGAGAGGAUUUCCAUGGUCAUUCGGGACAGGCCUUUUGAGCGGAUUAUUACUAUGCAUAAGGACAGCACAGGGCAUGUUGGUUUCAUAUUCAAGAAUGGCAAAAUAACCUCAAUAGUGAAAGACAGCUCUGCUGCAAGAAACGGACUUCUUACAGAGCACAACAUCUGUGAAAUUAACGGCCAGAAUGUAAUCGGACUGAAGGACCCCCAGAUCGCAGACAUCUUGGCAACAGCUGGAAACGUAGUGACCAUUACCGUCAUGCCCUCCAGCAUUUAUGAGUACAUCAUAAAGAGGAUGGCAACUAGCAUUAUGAAAAGCCUCAUGGAUCACUCUGUUCCUGAAGUCUAAACCCGCAUGGUCUACGUGUGCCUGCACGUGUAUAUAAUGAUGAUUCCACUAAACUUGGGCUGUUAUACUCAGUGAUUUCUUUCCUCUGCACAUCAGCCUUUCCAGAGGCUCCGAGAAGAUAUGCUGCAUCAAGCAUUUGCAUCUACAAUGGCUGGGAAUGUUACAGUUCAACGUAUCUUGUUUCUUCACAAACUGUAAAACUUGUAGCCUUAUAUGCUUGACGGAUGUGAAAAUUCCAGUUCUGUUCCAACUUCUUUCCGUAGGUCUCAUUUUCCUACUCCUCAAAGCCAUUGCGACUAAAGGAUCCAUCCGGGUGUCACUUGCAAAG